AGGUGAAGUUUUGCAGCCUGAACAUGUCAACAUGCCAAGGGGGACGGGCUUAAACUCAAGCGUUGAAACGUCAGGACAAGGAGGGCGGUGUUUUGAUUGUUUGUGUUUGUCUGUACAUUAUGUCCAGUCCAUGGGAAAAUAGAUACUACUUUAAUGAUUGGUGCCUUAAGAACUAUUGAUCACAAGGGCUGAAUUUCACUUGUAAACAACAUUUCCGAUUGUCUGAAUGUCCAUGCGUCGCCAGUCGUGUUUUGAGGAAACUAUCGGAAUGGUCAUGCUUCCUGAACGAAGUGAAUUAUGAGAUCUUGGAGUUUUGUACCACUGCCAGUAACAUGUCACGUUCCGGUUUGUACUGAGCCAAGUACAUUUUCUCGGAGACCUCCGUUGUAAAGCGUUCAAUCGUCGGCAUUGAAGAUCCCUUCGUAAUGUCACGUGGGAUAAUGUUCCAUGGCAGUGUUGAUGAGUGUGACAUGGUGAUGAACCUGAGCGCUGCAAAUCGCUGUGCGUUUGUGAACAACACCCCAGACUGCAGUCUGGAAGAUGGCUUCAUCAAUUACCUCUGGCUUGCCUUCUGCCUGCUGCCCCCCCACCUCACACCCCUCACAAUAACUCUCUGUAUUGUAUGGCUGUUCUUCUUGUUUCUAAUUUUGGGACUCUGUGCGUCAAAGUUUUUCUGUCCCAACCUCUCCGCGAUCUCCUCCACUCUCCGCCUCACUCACAACGUGGCCGGGGUGACCUUCCUGGCGUUGGGCAAUGGAGCCCCAGAUGUGUUCAGUGCUGUGGCGGCCUUCUCCCAUCCACAUACCGCUGGGUUGGCGAUAGGAGCCCUGUUUGGAGCGGGGAUCUUCGUAACCACGGUGGUUGCCGGGAGCGUGGCGUUGGUCAAACCGUUCACGGUUGCGUCCCGCCCCUUUUUGCGUGAUGUCAUCUUCUACCUGGGCGCUGUGUUCUGGACCUUCAUCAUUCUUUACAGAGGAAAUAUAGCUCUCGGAGAAACACUGGGCUACCUGUCCCUGUACGUUGUGUAUGUGAUCACAGUCAUCGUGAGCGCCUACAUCUACAACCGACAGAAACACUCAGCCACAGCCUCCAUCCACACCUCAACGCAUGUGUCAGAGUUUCAGUCAUCAGAGUCAGAUGAUGAAGUUCCUUCAUUAAGCAACCGUGGCAUCCAGCAUGACUAUGAAGAUGAGUACAGACCGCUCCUGCCUUACUCUGAGUCGACGGUUCAGAUUUUCCUGAGCUCCAUCAACCCUCUGGAUCACAGGAAGUGGAGGAGGAAGUCCUGGGGCUGGAGGACACUGAAAGUACUCAAGAUGCCACUAGAGGUGGUGCUGCUGCUGAUCAUCCCUGUGGUGGACCCUGACAAGGAGGACAGGAACUGGAGGCGGCCUCUGAACUGCCUCCAUCUGUUCACCGCCCCGCUCGUCUGCGUGCUCACCUUCCAGUCGGGGCAAUAUGGUACUUAUAUGAUCCAGGGGGACUUUCCUGUCUGGCUGUUGACUCUCCUCCUGGGGUUAUUCCUGGCUGCCAUCGUGUUCUUCACCACCAGCAAUGACACGCCCCCGCCCUUCCACUCAGUGUUCUCCCUGCUAGGCUUUGUGGUAAGCGCCAUGGUGAUCAGCGCUGCAGCCUCAGAGGUGGUCAGCCUGCUGCACAUGCUCGGUGUGGUGCUGAGUCUCAGUAACACGGUGCUGGGGCUCACGCUGCUCGCCUGGGGGAACAGUAUCGGAGAUUGUUUCUCUGACAUCACCAUUGCGCGGCAGGGCUACCCCAGGAUGGCCAUAUCUGCCUGCUUCGGAGGAAUCAUCUUCAACAUGCUGUUUGGCGUGGGGCUUGGCUGUCUGCAACACGUUUACACCCACAACAAAGUCCUGCAGCUGGAUCCGACAGGUUUGCUGACGUGGGUUCUAGCAGGUUCUCUGGGCCUGUCCCUGGUUCUGUCCUUUGUCAUCGUACCCCUAUACCGGUUUCACCUGGGUCGGUUCUACGGCAUCUUCCUCCUCGCCUUCUACGCGAUCUUCAUCAUCGUGGCGCUGCUCACGGAGUUCGGCAAGAUCAGCGUGGGCUCAGCCUGAGUCGGACCCGGAACCCGCCUCGGAACUGGGCCUCAGAAUGACGACAGACCCGACCAAACGAAAGGAAAUAUUCUCGGCUCAUUGCACUGUUUCCGUCAUGCUGUUCCGUUUGUAGCAUGCUGUCUGACCUGCUGCCCUAAAGGCUUCUCCUUUCAAGGAGGUGAAGCCAGACACUGAUGUUCCUCCAGCUUGCACUGACUGGACCUUCAGUACUGAGACUAGGACAGGAAGGAGCCUCCACUGUACCCCUGUGCUGGGGAGAAGGACCAGGAAUGGAACAAGUCUAAUCAAUAUGAUUGUAAAUCAGAGCUCAGAUGGACUUUACUGUUUGUCUUUGGUUAGUGUUAAUUCAGUUAUAUAGUUCUAUACGUGUGGGCAUUAACUUGAAACUGUUUUUUUUAAAAGGGUUAUUUUACUAAACUUCAUGUUUUUUUCCUGACAUGUUCCUGGAAAUAUUUUUGACUGUUGAGACCAGAUUUGACCUGCUGUAUUUAAAAAAAAGAAAAUCCUGAAACCGCAAGGGUACACAAAUUCACUUGAGAAAGUGAACAGUUUAAUAAAAUUAUUCAUUAUUCAAUA